AAUUAAUAAAAAAAAAAUUGUGUAGGAAAAGGCGAGUGUUUCGUGUUCCUGAAAAUUGGACGAGGAGGAGAAUCAAGAAGCGCUUCUUCUUCUGCAAGUGGCUUACUGAAGAUUAUCGGACUGGUACACGAUCGCGUUUCGGUUUUUGGUUUCGGGUUUUCGGCUCUUCUCUCUUCAAUGGAAGGCGUCCCUUUUCACGACGGCAACAUCCACGACUUGAUUGCGAGACGAUACGUCGACGUUCGGCACGAUGCCAAUCACAGGUUGCAGAUGCACUCGUCGUUGGUGCGAAGGCUUUCUCAGGAAAGAGAAUUGGAGGGGCAUCAAGGUUGUGUUAAUUCCAUUGCUUGGAAUUCGAAUGGCUCGCUUUUAAUGUCUGGAUCAGAUGACACACGGAUAAAUAUCUGGAGCUACUCUAGUCGGAAGCUUUUGCAUUCUAUAGAGACUGGGCACAGUGCGAACAUAUUUUGUACAAAAUUUGUCCCUGAAACUUCUGAUGAGCUUGUGGUCUCUGGAGCUGGAGAUGCAGAAGUUCGAUUAUUUAAUUUGUCUCGUUUAAGUGGGAGAGGAACUGAUGAUAAUGCUAUUUCUCCAUCAGCUGUGUAUCAAUGCCAUAGUAGAAGAGUAAAAAAGUUAGCUGUUGAAGUUGGAAAUCCCAAUGUGGUAUGGAGUGCAAGUGAAGAUGGAACUUUGAGACAGCAUGACUUCCGAGAGGGCACUUCUUGCCCACCUGCUGGAUCCACUAAUCAAGAAUGUCGCAAUGUUUUGCUUGACUUGCGGUGUGGAGCAAAGAAGUCACUUGCUGAUCCCCCCAAGCAAAAUUUUUCUUUAAAAUCUUGUGAUAUCAGUUCCACUAGACCUCAUUUGCUCCUAGUUGGUGGGAGUGAUGCAUUUGCCCGUUUAUAUGAUAGAAGGAUGCUGCCACCACUGACAUCCUGUCGGAAACGGACAGCGCCACCUCCUUGUGUUAACUAUUUUUGUCCAAUGCAUCUCUCCGAACGUGGACGUGCUAGCUUGCAUUUGACUCAUGUUGCAUUUAGUCCAGACGGAGAAGAGGUUCUACUUAGUUAUAGUGGGGAGCACAUAUAUUUGAUGAAUGUAAAUCAUGCUGGUGAGAGUGCUAUGCAGUAUACUUCUGGAGGUGUUUUGAAACUAACCAGCUUCAGUCCUAUACUCAAUGGAGUCGAACUGCAUCAACCAGCAUCCAAUGUAUUCAGAAAUGGUCUUCCCAAAAGAGGCAACGUUGCUGCAAGGUUUGAGAAGUGCAGGAAUCUAAUUGAAAUUGCUGAGCGGUCCUUGGAGGAGGGGACAGAUUAUUUUUAUGGCAUUGAAGCGUGCAAUGAGGUGUUGGAUGGAAAUGGUUGUGAUAUUGGGCCUACACUAAAGCAUAAUUGCCUUUGUAUUCGUGCGGCAUUGUUGCUUAAGCGCCAGUGGAAAAAUGAUGUUCAUAUGGCUAUAAGAGAUUGUUAUAAUGCUCGGAGGCUCAUUAGCUCCUCUUACAGAGCUCAUUACUAUAUGUCUGAAGCUUUAUCGCAGUUGGCUAAACAUAAAGAAGCUCUGGAAUUUGCUAUCGCAGCCCAAUCUUUGGCUCCAUCAAAUUCUCAAGUAGCAGAACGAUUGGAGCGUGUACAAGGGGAUCUUGCUGCAGUUGAAUCUGAAAGAAAUAGUAAGCCAAAUGAUGGAGCACACAGGUCUGAACCUCGAGGUGAAAGAGUUCUAUCACUGAGUGACAUACUCUACCGAUCAGAGGGUAAUAGUGAUGUUUCACAAGAUGGUCCAAGAUCUGAAAGGGAAGAUUCUGAUUAUGAUGAGGAACUAGAGCUGGACUUUGAAACGUCGAUCUCAGGUGAUGAAGAGCAUGAUAUCGAGCCCAAUAUUGUACAAGGAAGCUUAAACUUGAGAAUUCAUCGAAGAAGUGAUUCUGCUAGAGAAGUUGGUGGUGCAAACGGCCCAUCUGGAUCCCCUUCUUCGUCAUCUCACAAUGAAAGAAUACCAUAUCAGCCUGAGGCAACUAUUGAUAUGAAACAGAGAUAUGUUGGCCAUUGUAAUGUUGGAACGGACAUAAAACAGGCCAGCUUUCUUGGCCAGCGAGGUGAAUAUGUUGCUAGUGGAAGUGAUGAUGGCAGAUGGUUUGUCUGGGAAAAGCGAACUGGUAGACUGAUAAAAAUGCUUCAAGGAGAUGAAGCUGUCGUGAACUGUGUACAGUGCCAUCCGGUUGAUUGUGUUGUGGCAACUAGUGGAAUUGACAACACAAUAAAAAUUUGGACCCCCAGUGCCUCAGUCCCAUCUAUUGUGGCUGGUGGAGCCGCUGGACCAGAAAAUGCUGACAUUUCGGUAGUCAUGGAAUCCAAUCAGCGCAGAUUAAGCCAUAAUCGUGAGACUAUCCUCCAUUCUGAAAUUUUGGAGCAUUUUCGAAUGCACGAGUUUGCUGAAGGAAGCUUGCACCCAUUUGAGUGUGCCCAGAGCUGACAAAGUCUUAUGGAAGUAUGGAGAUGCAUAAUGGUAGAUUGUAAAGGAGGGGCAAUCGGGUUUUUGUUUUCUGUAAUGCCAGAAGUUGAUCCGAGGCAACCGAUAUUGCUGUUGGCAGAAAUCUUGUAAGUCAUACAAAACCAUUGUCAAAUCCCUAAAUUUGUUGAAAACAUAGAGAUGUUAUUAUCCGGUUCUCAACUGUAAAGUUGUACCAGCUGAAAGUAGUUUCUCCCCCUCUUCGUUUUGUUUUUGUGACUGUAGAUAAGGAAUGAGGAUGUUAUUUUUGUGUAUUCGUUUGCUUUCCUUUCCGUGUACAGAAUAGAAAGUGAAAGUUCGUCUAUUGUCUUGUGAGUUGAUAAAUAUAUAAUUCCCUGCUGCCUUGCCUGCAACCGUUUUCAUAUGACAUUAGAUGUAUUCCCUGC